GUCUGUCUCUUGUCAUUCCCUUUCCGGCCCCCCAGCCCCAGAGAUGAGUUUCAGGAAUGUGUGCCAGCUUGGCUGAGGCCACCCCGAACGUGGCUGCUGGCAGGGCGCUCUGCCUGUAAUGGACUUAUGACAGUUCUGGACAUCACGAAACUUGAAUCUGAAGUCAUGUGAUGCAACGAUCUACGUUCAGUACAGAAGAGUCUGUUGGGCUGCCAAAGCCAAAAGACAACCUACAGCAGUUCUGAGUUGUGGAAGAGACAUAGCAACCUUUGGGAUUAUUGCUUAGCAACUGCAAACACACAGAGGAGUAAAACUCACAGCCCGGCUCCACAGCAGGUCUGAGAAAUCCCUAAUUCAUUUUAAGAUUUUUAAUGGCUGAGAACAGAAGGGCAUAUAUUAAAUUCCUGCUCGUUUGCAAAGCCACUUCGAAAGCAGGAGGAGUAAGAUCUUGUUUGAUACCUGCUCCAAAGUGAUUGAAGUAUGGCUGCUCAGCCCGAAGAAGCUGCCCAAACUGCAGGUCUAAAACAACCCAGACUUGGAGGUAAGAAUCUGGCUGCCACAGAAUUGAAGAGGAAUCAGGGGAACGAUGAGCUGCCAUGUCUUAGUAAUUCCGCUCCGUGGAAAGAGCGUUUUUAUGAAAAGGUACAUCAGAGGUGUCUGAGGCUGCAGGAGACAAAGGUGAAGAUGAUUCACUCACAAAAGGCAAAAGAAGAAAAUGUCGAGAAGAGAGAACCCUGUGACUGGCUGUUCAAAGAGUGGUUCAGUGGAGACAAAGAGACACUAGACACUCGCAUCUAUUUGCUUGACAAACUCCUACCUACAUUAAUCCCAGGAAUGGAAAAACUGUUAAUGGAAGUGGAAAGAAAGAAUGUGCUCACACCAGACAAAAAAUCAGCCAAAUUUAACCCCAUUAUUUUCCUUGGAGAAUAUCUGAUGAGACAUAACCCUCGGUACAGUAUUUCUACCAAACCAGGCCCGUACCUGAGAGGAAUGAAGAUGGUCACAGAGGAGCUAAAAACUGAGAUGCCUGGUACGACAUCAGAGAGGCUGGCCAGGAUGAGGGCUGAGGCAAAGAACAAACGUAAGGAAAGAGAGCAGGUGGACAACAUGAAGUCUCAGCUGAAAGAGAUGAGAAAGGAGGCGCUGGCGAUUCAGUUCAAACAGUGGACGGUGGAUGUCAGUGGUAGAAUACCAGUUGCACUGGUUCAGAGUGCCCUGGGGUCUUUUCCAGAUGUCAUUGCUUCUAUUCCCACAGAUGUGAGGAAAGCAAUCUGUGACAAGAAGCUGGAAAUCGUAGACACACUGGAAAAAAAAAUAAACACAGAAGAAUUUGCAGAGUAUGUCCAUUCCUACACUGAACAUUUUUCACAUGAGAUGUUCCAAGAAAUCCUGAAGCAUCUCCAUCGGUGUGCUGGUGACUUCCAAGAAGCAGUAAAACAUGAUAUGUGGAGGCAAAUGUUUACUGAUCUCUUCCUAGAUUGUGAUUAUGGAAAGGUUGGUCUCUUAGACAGACAAAAAAUACUUGCCCUACUGGUAGACUUCUAUGAAAGAAGCCCUGUGAUUGCCAAGAGGGGAUUCUGUAACCCAAGACAGUGGCCAAUAAUUGAGCUGCAAGAGAUUGAGCUUAUGGAUUUAUGGGGAGGCCUUGAUGACCAGGAAGUGUGUGAGGAACUCAGGGAAAAGUUAGUUUUGUCUCAAACAGGAAUUUCUGAGGGAGAAAUUUUAGCAUGUGGACCGGUAGAUGAUAAUAAACAAGGCACAUCUAGAGUGAAAACUAGUGUCAGAGAAGGUCUUUUUGUACAAAUGGGCAUGAGUGAAGCUGAGGCUGGAGGAACUUCUAAGGAAGAAAACCAAGCAGCAGAAUCAAGUGAUGCUGAAGUGAGAAAGGAAGGUGAGGACGUCGCAUCAGCAGUGAAAAGCACUGAUUUUGCAGCUAGUGAUUUGGAUGGAAGUACAAUAGAUAGUGAAAAAUCCAGUUUCCGUGAAGCCAUCAAAAUGGAGAGGCAAACUGAGUCUGCAAGUGCAGACAGACAGGAGGAAGCUUUCCCAGGAUCAGCCCCUACUGGGUACAGUCUCAGCAGAGAUGGAGAACCUAGAUCUGAAAAACAGGUGGAGGAAGAGCAAUUUAGCCUGGGUAGAGAGCCUGACACAGAAACAGAUAGGGAAGAAGAUUAUAGUGUCUGGGACAAAGAAUCUGGAUCAGAAGGGCAAGUUAGUCAGGAGGGGGACAACUGGACUGCAGAGGCAACCAACACAAUUUCAGGACCAACACCUGAAGCUAUAACUGUGACCUCAGAAGCCAGAGCUGUGGCAGACAUGGAUGUCACUGCUUCAGAGCAGGAUGCUCCACUUGCAGAGGUGGUGAAAGAAACUCCUGCAAGAACAGAGAGUUUUUCUAGGCAGCAGGGCAGCCCGUUUGGCCAACAGACAAGCUCAGAGACAAGACUGCAGGAUGAGGACCUUCUGCAAGACCAGGGUAAAGGUGACCUUCUGACUUGUGACCUAAGCUGCAGGUAUAGAAGCUCUGAAGAGAGAAUUCCAGAGGACUGGAUGUGUGAGAACACCAGAUUUCCAGACUUACAUCCCAUCAUGGCAGACAUUCAGAACCUUUGGGCUUCUCAUACUAGGAGUGCCUUUGAUGAAAGCUGCCUCAACCUGCCACAGUUUGUACAGCUCAUGGAGACAUUUGUUGGUGAAGACACUUCCCUGCCUACUGUGGAGAGGCUUAUUGCAUUUAUCAAAGAAGAAUACAAACAGACAGAAGAGGAAAAAAUGGAACAACUAGAAAAAGGUCACCGCAUCUCUCACUUGGCCCAACGGAAACUGCUUCUGGAGGCUCUUUUCACAAAGUGGGACAAGAACGCAUCUGGGUUUCUGGACCUGGAAGAGGUGGAUGCUAUUCUAAGCUCAUUCAAUGAAGGGAUGGAAAAAGAGGCCUUGAUGAAAGCAAAGAAACACCUUUGCUGCCGUUACCCACAGCUCAGCAGAGUGGGGAAGCUAUCCCCAAAGGCAUUCCAGGCUUUCCUUGAGUUAGUUGCUUCUGAGUUCCCUGACGAUGAGGAUAAAACUAUUGAUGAUUUGGUGGAAUUUCUGACCACAAGUGUGGAACGAAGUCACAUGGAGUGCCUGCAAAGCUUAGCCAGGAGGAAAUGGCUGCACAGUAUCCAGCAAGCAGCUGAGACCAGUGGAGCAAGCAUGGAACAGCUUUACAAAGCGGUGUUUAAGGCCCUCUCCCAGGAUGCAGAAGCCCAUGGGGAUAACAAGAAGAUCAGUGCAUAUAUUGCCCUUUUGGAAGAGAACCAGCUCUCACCAGAGCGGGGACAGAUUCUCCUACACUAUGUGGCAUGUACUGCAGAUGAUGCUCCAUAUGUUCUAAACCAGAUACUGUACAGAGACAUGAAAGGAGUAAGCUUUGCAGCUGUUGAUGAGGGAAAGCCAAUCCAUGUUCCAAGAGUUGAGCUCCACGGAAAUAUCCACUUCUGGAACUACGACCGCCCAGUGGAGGAGAGAAAAGGUUCACUCCUGGUACUGCCAUUGCACAAUGCUCGCUGGAAAGUCUUCGGCAUUCUAGGGCUGGACACUCUUCGGGACCAGUGUGAGAAAACCAUCUUUCUGACCCAUGAGAUCAGUUUCUAUCAGGGAGUUUCUCAUGCAUUCAGCAAAGCCUACCACUCUAUCUGCACCCUGGAAAACGUUCUACAAAUGACUGUUACUGCUCUGGACUGGCUGUAUCCCAGGGCACCCAGCAUCCACGCUGUAGUUAUGUACCUGGUGGAGCCUGGCAAAGACAAGAUAAGGGACUACGCUCUGCGAAAGAUGAUUACUAUAGAUAAAACAGGACAAAAAGAAAUUCAUAGCUCUCCUGUUGUUCUCCUCAGGAAAGAAAACCUCUUAAGAGAUUACCUGUUUAAGUGCAUAGAGAGUUCAGAGAUCAUUCACACUUCUGUCUGUGGAGUAUGCCACACUGCAGUACCUCUCCGUGACCUAUCAGGACAAGCUCUUGGUGUAUUUGACAUCAGCAUUGGACACCACCAGAAAUUACCACCUCAAGAACACAAAGACCUGCAGAGAAUGCUAAAGAUGGCCCAAGCUGCCUGCUCUGAGAUACUGAAGAAGUCUUUAGAGGAAGCAGAACCAACCUAUGGACUGGAGGCAGAAUGUGUGGCAGAUUUGAGGCAUGCAGGGAUUCUAUUCCACCAGUUCAUGCUACAGGACCUGCGUGAGUGUGUCCAGAAACUCGAUGCUGAGAGCUUUGCUGAAAUAAAGAGCUAUGUAGAACCACCAGCUCUGGUACACAGCAUAGUUAAGGCUGUGCUGUUGCUUCUUCAUCCAAACUGGAAGGACUCAGAGACAACUGAGAACUGGAGUCAGUGUAAACUGAAACUUGAUGAUAAUUUGAUUCAGGAGAUUUAUUGCUUUGAUCCAACUUCUGCAUCUGUGCAAGUUCAAGCAGAGCUGCUGCUGGACUGCAUCACUGGUGUACCCCAAGCAGCGGUGUGGCAGCACGGCUCCGUUCCAGCCGAGUACUUGUACCACUGGGUACACACCUGCCUGGCGCUAGCAGAGAUCACCAAGAGCCUGCACAGUAAAACAACCCAUCUUCAGCCUCUUUUUGGCACCAAAUUCUAGUGUGCCUCUAAUUAAAUCUCUUAAAUCCUCAUCUAACCUUAGUGAUUCUGGUAUUUGACAUCUUUUAUUAAAUUACCUGUUGCUUUUUUAUGUGUUAUGAAUCGCUACUAUUUGUUGUUAAGAUGGUAGGAAGUCUGCUAGGGAGUAUGAAGAAAAAGCAAUAAAACAUUAAAUGGAACAAUUUUGCUAAUGCAGCUAUGAAAUUUUAGAAGUUGGAUUAAAAGUUUGUGGGGUUUUUUUGUUUGUGGUUUGUUAUUUUUUUUAUUAAUUCUGAGGGUAAAAAGAGACGGAGGGACUUUGACUACCAAGCUACAAUGCUCAUUAAUGACACAGCAAAAAUUUUCAUGAUGCAGUCUCAUUUUUAGGAAUAAUUUUAAGUAAAGGUUGUUAAUCAGCAUUUUGUCAGGUUUUGAAUGUGUUGCAGA